AUGUCUAACCUUCAUAAACGUAUCAAGGAUCAAUUUGGCAAGAUUUGCCUGGACUCAGUACGUGAACUAGAGAACACCGGCAGGAAGAUUGCAGACUUCAGGAACCACCAGCGUUUCAACCUACGUUGUCUCAAAGAAGGAAUCACCCCGCGCCUACCGGCCGACAUCUACAACGAAGUCCAAGACUUCACAAACCGUGGUCAACUCGCUCAACACAACAAAGGCAAGACCAGACAACAGAACAAGUUUGACAGGCUACUGCAGAAGAACAACAGAAGCAGAGCGGACAGCGACCCCAACUGGAGAAGCUCCGAGACUGCGACAUCAAAUAAGCCUGACGAAAGGUGGGUCAAAAACCUAAGCAGCCACACACUAUCUGAACCGGAGAAAUUACUACUAUCCAAGGGACUCAAUUUUGCUGUCACACCCCAACGUAUCCCCACUGUUGACAUAAUCACAGAGACGGAAUCAGCCAUUCGCCGUGCCCGUCUGCCACACAAACAGGCCGAAGCCCUGCGCACCAAAGUUGCCACCACACUAAAAGUGUCCAAACCACCUGCAAACAACAUUACUCAAGAAGAACAAGCUGCGCUCAAAGCCCUCUCUACCAACAAAGACAUCAUAAUUCUCCCAGCAGACAAAGGUAGAUGUACUGUUGUUCUGGACAGAGAACAAUACGACAGUAAAGUACAGGACCUUUUGUCAGACAACAACACCUACCUACCCCUAAAGAAAGACCCCACUCCCACCUUUAAGGCGAAAAUCACAGCUGCAUUGAAAGAGCUACAGGACAAGAAAGCCAUCGACAGAAAGACCUACCUGAAGAUCUAUCCGACCGGAGAACAGCCGCCAGCCUUCUAUGGACUUCCUAACAUCCACAAGAAGGAGGUACCACUGCGUCCAAUUGUAUCUAGCGUAGGAUCCGUGACCUAUGAACUGUCCAGAUUUCUCGUUGAUAUCAUAGGACCGUUAGUGGGCAAGUCGGAACACCACAUCAAGAACAGUGCAGACUUUGUUAACAAGAUAAAGGACAUCCGGGUUGAGGAAGACGAGAUAAUCAUCUCCUACGACGUGUGUUCCCUCUUCACCUCCAUACCGCCAAAGAGAGCAGUUGCGGUGGUAAGGGAUUUCCUCGAAUCCGACACCACCCUGGGAGAGAGAACCAGCUUAUCCUCCAAACAAAUCUGUGAUCUCUUAGAGCUCUGCCUGGGGUGCACAUACUUCGUCUACAAUGGACAGUACUACCAACAGUUAUAUGGAUGCGCUAUGGGUUCUCCAGUAUCCCCUAUAGUUGUCAACUUGUACAUGGAGAGAUUUGAGACAGAAGCCCUGAGCACGUUCGCCGACACUCCGCCCGCCAACUGGUUCCGACUGAAGAAGACGAAUGCAGACAAGUUCUUCCAACAUAUCAACCAAAUAGACGACAACAUCAAGUUCACAUAG